UACAUAUCCUUACGCACUAACCGGAAGUGAUGUCAACACAUAAACACAGGGCCUAGAAGUAGAUGCACAAAAUGGUUAAAAUUCUGUGGAUUAUUUCCCUCCUUGUCAUAGCUCACGCAAGCAAAGAGAAACUCCAAGAUUUGGACCAACUUCUUGACGACCCGAACAUAUGGCAGUAUAUCGAGAAGCGUGUUGAACAAGAGAAGAAAGACGAUAUUCCCAUAGAAAACGAUAACAACAACGACGACGGUGACGUUGAUCCUCCGAAAAAGAAAAUCGAAUUGCAAAACAGACACCAAAACUUUCGACAGCCAGACAGGGCCAGUGAAAAUGAGCGUCAUUAUCCUAACUAUAGAAACCAGCACAACUUUCACGAAACGAAUCCUUAUGGCCUAAAAACAUUGUCUGAUAGCUCAGGCAAUGCCUGCAGUUACAACCUCAAUUCCAGCGUAAUAAUAAAAUCCAAGUCAUCUUUAGAUAAUGGUGCAGCUUAUUUAAAGAAUGCUUUUAAUUUGAGCGCAAAGGAAUGUGCCAAGAAAUGUUGUUACACACAAAAUUGUAACCUAGCAGUAUAUGAGGAGAAGGAAGAACAUAGCUGCUAUCUUUUUGACUGUGGUACACCAUCAAAAUGUGUAUUUGCUCAUCAUGGCAACUACAGUGUGAUGUCAUUCCAAAUCAAUGACUUUAUGCCUAGUGCUCAUCAACAGUACCAUGAGAAUGAAUUAGAAAACCUUGGUAAAGCCACUCCAUCGCCACCAGCACCAACUACGCACACACCAACACCAUAUCCACAAAGAGCUAAAGUACCAUUGUAUGGAGAUUGUGAUAUAGAUUGGGACGAACAGUGUGUUGAUAGAAAUGCUGAAUGUCGUGACGAACAAUGUAAAUGUAAAAAAGGUUACCAUGCCAUCUAUGCUAUAUGCAGAGAAGUUUGUAAUGAAGAUGAAUUUCAAUGUAAAAACAAAGGACAAGAUUUUGAUGUACCUGAUUGUAUAGAUAGUAAACAUAGAUGUGAUGGAGUUCCACAAUGUGCUGAUGGUAGUGAUGAAGAAAAAUGUCCCAAAAAGCCUGAGGAAAAUAUAGACAGUAAAACCAAAGUGAAAGGAAAUCAAGGGACAAUUGCAGAAAAUGGUGGUUUACCUAGCCUUUCUAAUAAAAUUGCAAGUAAAGCCAUACAAAAUCCUGUGCCUAAGAACCAGUCGCCAUUACUGCCAAACAGUGAUAAAAUAUCUGGGAACCAGUUUUAUGGACAGGUACCAGAUAAAACUGGAUUUGUCAAUCCAAACUUGUAUGGAAGCAAUAACCCAUUGCUACCCCAACAAAUGCAGGAUUACUAUUGGCCACCACAGCAGGGUUUAUUGAAUAACCCACAGCAGUACCAGUCACCCUACUCAGAUUACCCACAAUUCCAAGGUCAGCAAAUAGGUCAAGGUUAUCUGAAUCCUCUUGGAUAUGGAGGACAGAAAUUCAACAAUCCAUUUAAUCCUGGACUAAAGAAUGAUAAUACCAAUCUCAAUUCAAAAAUUUAUGGUGCAUAUGGACCAAACCAAAAUGUGCCAUUGCAGAAAUAUCCAUUAAAUCAAGUGUAUGAUAAAAAUGCUGGAAACGAUAUGAAUCAAAAUUAUCAAGACUCCGUCAAACCACUGUAUGGUGAUCUGAAUGUAUAUCCAAACUAUAACAAUCUUCCAAGAAAUAGACAACCUAGUCUGCCACAUGAGGGCAGGAGAAAUAAUAAGACAAAUGUAAAUAAACAGCCUGUACUUCAGCCAACUUCAACUAGUACAACAAAAACAUCUACGACUUCUACAACGACCACAACAACAACUGCCUCACCUGUUGUUAUGACAACUAGAAAAUCAGUCAUGAAUGAUAAUUCAUACAUUGAUGAAAACUAUUAUCCAGGUUGGUCAGAAAAUGAUGAUAGCUAUUACCAUAACAAUCGUCAGCAUAAAAAUCGGGAAUCUACUAAACAUAAAUCUCAAAAAGGUCAACAAAAUUUCAAGGAUUCAGAUGACAACAGGUCUUACCAAGAUUCAGAUAAUAACAAACAGUUUGAAGAUUCAGGCAACAAUAAACAUUUUGCAGAUUCAGAUAACAACAAACAUUUUGAUGAUUCAGGUAACAAUAAACAUUUUGAUGAUUCAGGCAACAAUAAACAUUUUGCGGAUUUAGAUAACAACAAACAUUUUGAAGAUUCAGGCAACAAUAAACAUUUUGAGGAUUCAGAUAACAACAACAAACAUUACAUAGACUCAGGAGACAACAGGAAUUACAAAGAAUCCCAUAACAACAGAAAUCCCAAAGUUUCCCAUGACAACAAGCAUUAUAAAACUAAGGUAGAUAACUCAGGAAAUGAAAAUUUCCGUAAUAGAUAUCCAUACAGAUUUAGACAGAAAGGAAAAUAUUCUGAUUACGAUGACAACACAAGAUACAACAACUGGCCAGAAUAUUAUGACGAUGGCUCUGAUUAUUCUGAUUUCCGUCAACAACAAAAUCAUAGACCAGGCAAGGAUUACUAUGAGAAUAUAUUUGCACCAGAUAAACAGUCCAAUGACAAAGAUGAAAUUCAUGAAGACAAAGUAAACACUCCGGACCCACCUAAACCAGUGGUUGACCAGCCAGAGGAGAAACAACCUGAUGUACCAGAUGAAUCUGAUAAAGAUAUACCACUAAAGACAGAUGUUAAGGAUGAAGACAAAGAACAACAGAGCAAAGCUGAUUUAAAGGAAAAGGAACCAGUAGAUCAGAAACCAGAUGAGAAACCAGAUGAUAAACCAGAAACUGCAACAAAGUCUACUACAACUAUGUCAGAAUCUCCUAAAGACCUAACAGAUACAGAGAAAAAUGUGGGCUUGGAAACACCAAAAAAAGUUGUUAUAAAAAGUCCAACAGACAAUAAUCAAGGCCCAAUUGUGGCCCUGGCAUUAGGACUUGGUAUUUGUCUGAUGUUACUUAUAUUUGUGGGCUGUCGAUUACGGACAGUUAAGCGAAAAAUAAGACGAGGAAAAAGUUUGCAUUCAAAUGAAGCCGAUUAUUUGAUAAAUGGCAUGUACCUUUGAAAUGCAUAUUGUUUACAUAGGGGUCAGGGUUUUUAUAUCUAAAAAAUGAAAAAGGUUCUAUGAUGGGAUCAUACUUUUUGUCUCACUUUCUUCUCCCGAUUUAUAGUAAUCUUUUUUUUUUUUAUUUUGUAUAUUGCAAAAUUUGUAUUAAACUAGAAAUUUGGUCAAAUAUCUUAUUUGAAUUUUGAAUUCUUAACAUAAUUGAAAUAAAAUUGUGAAUUAAUGAACAAAAAACAAAAGCAAAGUAAUUUCUUAUUCCUUGUUAUUACAAAUUGGAUGUUAAAUAUUUUUCAGUUGGAAUCUAUAUAUUUUUAUUAUAGAAUUAUAAGUGAGUUACCAAAAAGAUAUUAGGUCACAUAUUUGAUGAUUUAGGCAAAUACAACUUAAAUGUUUAUUGUCCAUUUACUUUUCUAUUUUUAAAAUAAUUAGAAUAGCAUGCUACAUGUAGUUUAGAUGUAUAAGCUGGUUUUCUACAUUAUUAUUUUCUUUUAUGCCUAUCUUUCAUGCACAAUCAUAUCAGUGUUCUUUAUAAUAUAGUUUCUUAAAUAUGUUGACUAUAAUCAAAGUAAUAUUUGCCUUAUAUUUGUGAGGAGUUGGAUCUGUUAAAAGUUUUGAGUAAGGUUCUUACACUAUUAAAGUGAAUGCCUUUGCACAAUUAGAGAUAAUUAGAUUAUUUUUCUUGACAUUUUGAAAUUAUUAUAACAGCUUAGCUAUUUAAAUGUGUUAAGUUCUAUAAAAUCAGAUUUUUCAGAGUACCAAGAAAAUGGUUUUACAUUCAUACUUUGAAAACUAAAUAAUGAAAUAGCUUGAGAGAAGCUUUUUUCCUACAAUAUAGGUAGUGCACACACUAUUUGUUCACCACUGGACGUUAAGCAACCAACAAUCAAUCAAUCAAUCACUAUUUGUUUACAGUUCAAACUGGUGAAGUUAAAAAAAUAAUAGAAAAAUUGUUAUGAAAACAGCCAAUAAAACAAUACAAACAAAGAGAUGAAUUUAUGUUCGAUAAAUUCCGGAAAUGGUAUAUUAUAUCUUUGCUUUAAUAAAUCAUGGGUAUUGAAUGUUAAUCGAGUUGUGAACAUGUGCAAUAUGUGUAAAAUUGUAUUGAAGUAUAUUUAUAUGCAACGUUUGUGAUGUACUAUUGUGUAAUUUUCCUUAGAGAUACAGUGAGACCUGUCCAAUUAGAACCCUUUGAAAUUUACAGCCUGUCUGAAUUAUUUCCCAAUGUCAAGUCCUGAACAUGCAUGCAAUAUUGGCCACUGGAGGUUUAGCAACCAACAAUCAUUCAAAACAUACAAUGAUUAUUCUUUGAUAAUUUGUAAUAAGUUUAUUUAACUUUGAAAAUAAUAUCAAUUGUUGGGUUUGGUUAAGACAGGUUUCACUGUAUAUGAUGUCUGUGAAUUAUAAAUUGACCUUGUUAAAAUCUUUUCAGGUACAUGUAUCAUAAUGAAACAUUUUGGAAUAUAACUGUUAUACAUGCAUAUAAGUUCCUGUUGAAAUUUUAAUGAGAUCAAUAUCUGUAAGCCUUGUAUCAUAUAACCGGUUGUGUAAUCUUUCUUUUAUAUGUUAAGUUUAUCCAUUCAUAAAUUUAUUAUUUCAUUUAUUAUAUAUAUAUAGUAAGUAACAUUUAGUUUAGUUUAUAGUUUAUAGAUAUACUUGUAACAAUGCUUUAUUAAUUUCAUUAGUCUAUGAGAAAUUUGUUUACAGUUUGUGUUUUAAACGGAGAGAUAGAUGUGUUAGAAAUGUCUUUCUAAAGUUGAUGAUGAAAAAGGUCAAAAUAGAUGAAUAAAGAAUCUCGAAUUUAUAUUAGACAAACUUUUCCAUUUCCGUAUUGAAAUAAUGUUAUGGAAUUAUUAUUUCUAAUAUAAAAAAGAUGAGAGAAGAAUUGUUCUUAAAUUAUUUGAGACAUAUUUUCUAUAUUGAAAUAAUGUUUUAAGGAAUAAUUAUUUUGUAAUAUUUCAAAAUAUCAAAUAUGGAUGGGUUAAUGUCAUCCUUUCACUUUCUUUUUAAAAUCCUACAAAUGUUGUCUCAAUGUAUAAUCUCAACAAAGUGUAUUUUCAUGCUUCAAAUGAGAAAAACAAAAAUUGGACACAUUUGCUGGUUUAAUUGUUCCCAAAUACUAAAAAUUUUGGUGUAACUCCAUUCAUAGAACUUUUUAAAAUUGAGUAUUGGGACAUAUCUUUUUGAAGUUUCACUAUCAACCAACCUCAAUGAUAUGAGUUCCAAAAUUUCCAUAAUAAUAAAUUGUUUACUAUCUUCCAUUAUUAAGUUAAAUAUAAUCCCUAUAUGUCAACAUCCAUUAUUAUAUGGUACAUGUAUCCCAAUUUAAUCAGUGUUAUGAGAAAACAAAGUUUUUUUCACACAAAGUUUCUAGAAGUUAAAAAUGUUACGUUAUAAAAAAAAUUAUUACAACUAUUAACCAGAUUUGUAAAUUAGUUGGGUUUGUUUUUUUGAAGGACAAGCAUCUCUUUAUCUUUUCAUUAUAUAAAUAAUCUCAGGAGUUGGUAGAUCUGAUUCAUUUUCAAUCUUAAUCCCACCAAACUUUGUAUGUUUGUAUGUUUUGUAAUUUUCUACAAUUGAAUCAAAAUUUGACAGAAGUGUAUAAAUUUCUGUUUGAUAUUCAGAUGAAAUCAGCUUUCGUUUAAAGGGUAAAAAGUGAUAUUUUGUUUUUUAUCAUUCCACUUUCUUCUGAGAUGAAUAAAUAUGAUUUGAAAAUCUAGUUUAAAGGAAUCCACCUGAUAUUUUUGUAUUCAUUAAAUGUACAUAGUUUAUUUUUGAGCUCAUGUACAGAAUUCCAAAGGGAGAGGUUUAUUUUUGAGCUCAUGUACAGAAUUCCAAAGGGAGAGGUUUAUUUUUGAGCCAAUGUAAAAGAAUUCCAAAGAAGGAACAUUCCGAAGAGAGAUAUGUUAGCAUGUUUCUGUUGUAUUUUAUACAUUGUUUAUGUUAGAUUGUUUACUAAAUAAAUUUUGAUAGAAAAGUUG